AUGCAAAUGAUGAGGAAACUUGCACCGACUGGAAUUGCUGCUGCUGAAAUAGAUGGAAUGACAAUUCAUUCAUUUUUAGGUGAACAACGCAAUUCAGGAAAGCCACGAAUCAUUAAACCAGCUGACUCAAAGCUUGAGAAAGAAUGGAGAUCAGUCGAAUAUCUUUUAAUUGAUAAGAUGAGUAUGGUUGGUUUAACUCUACUAGCAAAACUCAACCGAAUUAUUUCAACUGCGAAACAUGUCAAUCCUCAAGUUCCAUUCGGUAGUGUACACAUUAUCUUCUUUGGUGAUUACUUACAAUAUCGAUCUGUGUAUGAUGCACCAUUACACACUGAUUUUUCAUUACCAUCCAAAAAGAAACCGGGUAAACUACUCACAGAAAAAGAAAUUCAACAACGUGUUGCACGUUCUUUAAUUCUUCAAAUUAACUGUGUGGUAAAACUUAUUCAACAGAUGCGCACAGAAGAUUCAUGGUACCUUCAGCUACUUGAACGUCUUCGUCAUGGACAAUGUAACUAUGACGACUAUGAACUAUUGCUGACACGAGUAGUUGGGCAACCAUCAGUAGGCUCUCUCUGUGAUUCACCAUGGAAUAAAGCUCCGACCCUUGUGUUCCGAAAUGAAGUACGAACACAAUUGAACAACAAGGCCGCAAUUCGCAAUGCAGCUCAAUUAGGCGACGUCCCGAUGGCAGAUUCUGUAUCAACAAAUGUUUUAUCGGAAAUAUUUCCAAAAAAUACACAAUACAUUCAUCGACCAUUAUAUGCAUUAAUAGAAAUUGCCAAAUCAAAAAUUGAAUCCAAUCUUGAAGAACUUCAACCAAAACUCGUUCCAAUACCAGUAAUGGAACAAACAUUUCGAGUAGACAUUUCUGAUAUUCUUCCAAAAGACAAGAAGCCAAAAUCAAAUCGAAAAGCAAUUUUAUCGAUUAAACGUCGAGCAUUACCACUGGUGCCUGCUUAUUGCAUUACAACACACAAGAGUCAAGGCCAAACUUUGAAUAAAGUCGUGAUCGAUCUUAAACUCCCAAAUGAAACUGAAGAUAUUGCCGCAGUUUAUGUACCACUAUCUCGUGUAAAACGUUUGGCCGAUCUAAUUAUCCUACGGCAAUUCGAUUACAAGGUUUUACUAAUUAAACCAAGUAAAUCUCAACUCACCGAAAUGGAAAGACUGGAUCAACUGUAUUUAGAAACACAAAAACGUUUUUCUCAGUGGUUUUAA